UUGAUUAUUUCCGAUUUCUGAUUUUUCUUCGAUACAUUUCGACCUACUCGUCAAAUUAAAAGCGACCCGUUGACUUAAUUUCAAACACAUCGACACAUUUUGUCAGUUCUCCCCCCCAAAUAAAAUGUGGAAUUAUGUGCCAAACCGAAUUGAUAGAGAAAUCAUGUAAACAAAAGGUCAAUUAGUAUUACUCAUUAGAUUGCAGAUUUGCGUGUAAGCAGGCAUAAGCUAAGGAUCGUUCCACUGUGCUGAUCAACCUACUAAGCAGUAUGGAGUUGCUACUAUACGUUGCCCUUCUCUUCAGCGUAUUGUUUCUACUGCGUUUCAUUCAGCUUCUCUUUUCGGUGCGGAAAAAUCAAGGGCUACCAUCACUUCGUACCAAUCCAGCUCGCACAAUGAUCGUUAUGGGCUCGGGUGGUCACACUGCAGAAAUGUUGCGUAUUGUUGACCGUCUGGACUGCAAUCGCUACACACCACGGCAAUAUAUUAUCGCGAACACGGACAAAACAAGCGUAGUGAAAGUUAUCGAAAGCGAGGUACGCAGGGAGCCGGACACAGCGAAGCAAAUGUACGAAAUUAUCACCAUUGGACGGAGCAGAGAAGUGCAUCAAACCUACAUCAGCUCUGUGAUGACUACUGUUUCCGCUGUGUUUAACUGUGUACCCAUAGUUUUGAAAGCUAAGCCUGAGUUGAUUCUCACAAACGGUCCGGGUACGUGUGUGCCAAUUUGUUUGGUUGCAUUCCUGGCGCGAGUUUUGUUUCUCAAUACCACGUGUAGAAUAGUGUUUGUUGAAAGUUUCUGUCGAGUGCGAAGCCUAUCGUUAAGUGGACGCAUUUUGUUAUUCAUCGUGGACACAUUUGUCGUGCAGUGGCCCGAACUGAUCCAACAGACGGCUGUUUGGCGUGAUGAUGUUCGCUGUUUCGGACGCUUGUAGGAUUUAGAUCUUUAAUAUGAAAAACAGCGAAAUGUUUUGUAAAAUGAACGUUAAACCCACCUUUCCUGUC